AUGGACUCCACCGAAGUCUUUAGGGAGCUUCCUCUCACGAUCGAUCCUGAAACCAAAGCCAUAUCCACCUCCGACAGCACACUCCUCAACGAAAUAGAAGAGCUCAACAAGAUGAACCGCGCGUUUGUCGCCCUGGAUGUACCGAACCAGAUCCCGCCUCCACCCGCUCCAGUCAACCCAAAGCGCAGCGUCCAGAUCACCAAGCUCAAAGAAUCCGGCAACGGGUCAUACAAGAAGGGACAAUACGCCGAAGCUGUCAAGAUGUACGACCUCGCGAUCCGCAUGGCAGUGGAUCGACCUGGGUGGGAAGCGAGUGGUUUGGUCAGAGAGGAGCUGAGCACAUUGUACGGCAACCGCAGCCAAGCGCUUAUGGCGCAGCAGAGGUGGGCGGAAGCUGCGACGGAUGCGGAGAUUGCGACGGAGAUGAAGAAGGUGGGCAAUGUCAAGUGUUGGUGGAGAAGAGGACAGUGUUUGAGGGAGAUGGGGAGGUUGGAGGAGGCGAGUGAGUGGGUUAAGGUUGGGUUGGAGUUUGAACGAGCUGGGCCGGAGAAGCAAGCUGUUGGGGAAUUGGAGACGCUGGCGAGGGACCUCGAGACGGCGUUGAACAAGGCUUGA